AUGGAUGGAAAAACAUACAAAUUACGUGCCUCUUGCAACGCUUGCAACGAGUCCAAAGUACGCUGCAGCCAGACGAAGCCAACCUGUGCUCGAUGCGAGCGAAACAAGACCACCUGUGUCUACGGCUUGUCCCGCCGGACUCACAAAGACGCGCCCCCGAUAUCUUUGUCGCAUUCACAUUCGCACUCGCAUUCGGGUUCUCAGCCACAUUCGCAUUCCGGGUCGAGACGCUCUUCCGUACAUAUCCCGAACGCUACUGCUACUGCUAAUGCUACAACUACCGCGAAUUACACCAGCACCACUACACCCUUCAUGCCAUUGCACGAAAACUCUAUGACAUCUUAUCCCCCACAACCCAGCGUUGACCAGUUCUUUGCACAACAGCAACCACACCACCAACAGCCCUCCACAGCAGGCCCAGGACCAGGGAUCCUAUCACCCGCCAACCUCGAUCUCCCCAGCUUCAUGACCCCUCUCCCAACGCCCAACGAAGACCACACCAACUCGCUAUUCUCAUCGUUUGGCAACUUUGCCGCCGGAGUCGGAGGUGUAAAUGGCAGCGUGAACAACAUUCUCACCCCACUCACAGGUAGCCCCGGAACCGGCACCAGUGCGAGUACAAGCACGGAUAUGUUCCAGCAACCGCAAGUCCAGGAAUGUACUUGCCAUGCGGGAGUUAUGGAGCAGAUGGCGUCUAUGUCUCAGCCAUCCCGUAAUGAGGAGAGGAGGCUAUCGUUGGAUGUGCAGCUCUCGCAACUGAAACGAUGCAUUAUAGCCUCUGAAGCGUCUAUGGGAUGCGGCCACCAUGGAAAUGGGGAUUCUGAGCCGAUUAACAUUAUUAGCGUCGCUAUGCUCAUUGGACGUAUUAUCGACGAGUUUGAAUUAAUGCUCAACGAGCGGAUAGGUCGCGGAACGACGAUGCCAGAAAGAGAGAGGAGCUUGUCUUUGGAUGAAGCGACAAUCAGCAUCAGAGAACCCAGACUAUGCUGGGGCGUGUUGGAGUUGGAGGAUGACGACGAGGUCGAGUUAAGACAGCGGUUGUAUCUGCUGUAUUUUCGUAAGCUCGAGCGGCUGCUCAGUCAAUUGAAUGUGUUUGUUCGCACGCUGCAUGAUUCAAGAGGCGGGUCUUGCAACCCCACGUUCAUCAUGGCGUGCGAAUAUAUUCACCUGUGGCUGGAGAAGAAAGCCGAAGGCGUCAAGAGGCUGUUCCCUGCUGCUGAUGAAUAUACAGGCAGGAUCCCUAGUUAA